UCUCUUUGAUCAAUUCAUUAGUAAAGAAAAAUCUUAUUCUUCAAUGGCUACAUUUUCUUCUUUCAAAGCAGCCAUCACUUUGGCAAUGUUACUUGUCUUGGUAACAACCUCCUCAGCUCAACUCUCCACUGAUUUUUACUCAAAAUCUUGUCCUAAACUUUUUGAGACGGUGAGGUCUGCCGUCCAUUCCGCCAUCCAGAAGGAGGCCCGGAUGGGCGCCUCCCUCCUUCGCCUUUUCUUCCACGACUGCUUCGUGAAUGGAUGCGAUGGAUCUAUCCUCCUCGACGACACCUCCUCCAUGAGAGGAGAGAAAGGCGCUACUCCGAAUCGGAACUCAGCCCGAGGAUUCGACGUUGUUGACGACAUCAAAUCCGCCGUGGAGAAGGCUUGCCCCGGCAUUGUCUCUUGCGCUGAUAUCUUGGCCGUCACUGCUCGCGACUCUGUUUCUAUCCUAGGAGGGCCUAGCUGGAACGUGAAACUUGGAAGGCGCGACGCCAAGACAGCUAGCCUUUCCGCUGCAAACAACGGCAUUCCUCAGCCGACGACAAAUCUCAAUGGCUUGAUCUCUAGGUUUAACGCGCUCGGCCUCUCCUCCAAGGACUUGGUUGCUCUCUCCGGCUCGCACACGAUUGGACAGGCGAGAUGCACGAGCUUCAGGGCUCGUAUCCACAACGAAUCGAACAUCGACACGUCAUUUGCUAGAACAAGGCAGGGCAACUGCCCCAGAGCAAGCGGCUCAGGCGACAACAAUCUGGCGCCGCUGGAUAUUCAGAGCCCCACCAGCUUCGACAACAACUAUUUCAAGAACCUCGUCAACCGCCGCGGCCUUCUCCACUCCGACCAGCAGCUUUUCAGCGGCGGGUCCACGGAUUCCGCGGUCAAGGCCUACAGCAACAGCCCCGGGUCUUUCGCCUCCGACUUCGCGGCGGCCAUGAUCAGGAUGGGCGACAUUAGUCCCCUCACCGGGUCGAAUGGGGAGAUCAGGAAGAACUGCAGGAGGAAGAACUGAUUCGGAUUCCUCAGCUGCGAUUGAUAGUGAUGUUUAUGUUUGGAUUUUAUGUUGUUAAGGGUGUUUUAUGUUUUGCAGUAUUUUGUUUGAAGUCGAUUAAAUAAUUAGGUGUAAGUCCGUUCUGUUUUCAGGUGUUGUUUGAAGCUUUGAGAUGUUGUCUUAAUGGAGUAAGAAUGCUUAUCAAGUUUGAUAUGAAAUUGAAAUUAUUUUGCUA